AUGGAUGGUACGAUAAAAAGUGAUGAUGAAUCAUGUAUUAGUGUUAAAUGUGCUACACCAAUAUAUAUUACAUAUCUUUUAUCUUUAUGUGAACACGGUGAUCUACAUUUACGUGGUGCAUGUGCAAAUUUACUUGUUACAUUAAUUCAAACAACAAAUCAUCUUUUAACACUAUCAUCAUUAUCAAAUUCAUUUAAUAAUUCUUUUAUUAAUUAA